UGCACCGGUUUGAUUGACAUAAUUACGAGUGGGCAGGUAGAGAGCCGGGGGGAAUCAGUCGAGCCGCGUCCGCCGCACGUAGUGGCCGUAUUGUGUGCGAACGUAACGUCGGAACCGGCCCGAAUGCCGGGGAACCAGUCGGAGCGAUGGCGGUCCGCGGCGUGAGAGCUGCGCUAUGUUGAAGCAUGCACAGCGGCCGCCUGCGGCGAAUGAUGCCGACCACCGCUACCAAAACAUGCCGCGGCGGCCGCACCACCACCUCCCGCUCAAUGUCUCUACUCUGGACUCCUCCAAGCACUCCGUUGGAGGUACAUCUGCCAGUGUUAGCCCUGGAGCUCAGCCGCCUACCACCACCGCCCCCGUGUCUGUAGUAACACCCAUACCGGUGGCAUCUCCUCCGAAACUCGCAAACGGAACGGCUACCGGAGUUCCUUCCAGCAGGCCUGCUCUCACGAGGGCGAGGAGCACGCGGGCCGCGACCGAAGAAGCCUUGACGUCGUUAGCCUUACUGUGCCUCGUUAGUUUACUCUUAGCAUUAUUAGCUUUACUAUUCCUACUGAAGAUAUCCGCGCCCGCGACAAGUGCUCCCGAGGAAUUCGCAGUGGUAUACGAAGUGACGUUAGCUUUGUGCGCGUUGACGCUAUCAUUGAACCUCUGCUGUCUGCUAGUGUGUGCUAUCCAGUUCCUGUUUGCGGUGAAGUUGGUGCACUCCCCCUCGGCGCCUAACGGCCGGUCAAACAAAUAUUUGCAAAAAUCUGCAAUAACAAGAGUCUGCGCUGUUGGCGGCUUUUUUAUCUCGAUUCCGGUGUUUUUGACGGGUAUAAUACUCUACACUUUCAUCCAAUUCCACUCCACGCCGGCAAUCGUCACGUCCGUAUUCAUCGGCGUGGGUAUUGUGUUUUGCGGCUGCGCAAUGGUCCACAAUGUGUUCGUAUGGCAGAAGGAGAAGACCAAUUUAGUGAAGGCAUUUCGAACACCAGAAUUGAAUACAACUAAUAUGAACACGUCAAAUGGCGUUAUAAUGGGCAACGGCCACUUGAAUAAUACGGGCGGCAAUUUGAGUUUCCAUAGCAUGAGUGCGGCCCCGUAUACGCAUCCAAUAACGCUGUUGCAGCAAGGCGGGCCUUAUAUUAUUAGGCCACCCACCAGCACUCCUCCGGGGGGAGGUGGCGAGGCCACACCAGGUGUGCCCGCCGCCACCGUCGAUCUUAGCCACGACGCGCACGAGCUGAGCACCCUCGUAUGACGAGUCACGAGUAUCGAGCAAUACGAGCACGCUCGGUUGAGUCGGUUAAUACAUCUCACUGAUCAUACAUUUGACACAUCGUUUAAAUCAAGAUCUUUUGAUAAAAUGAAUUGCCAUUUAAGUGUUCACAUGUUGGACGAAAUCGAUUGGCACACUAUCCCAUGUAGAUAUAUUCAAAAGUUAACUUAUAUAAUAUAUAUUUAAAGCAUGUCUGCUUCCAUCCCAUCAACUUACGUCUAUAAUUAUUCAAGUUCCUGGUGAAAUAAUACAAUAUUAAUGUUUUGGAUGAACAUAUUUAUAAUUAAAUUAAGCCGUAAGACAUAAAGUCCCGAUACAAUUUUAUUAUGUAAGCAAUACUUGAUACAUAAAUAUUGAUAUUAAUAAAUAAAGUUAGUGCCUUUAUAACACUAGCUGAUAUUUACAAAAAAAUUAAUACUUUUAAAUUUGGAAUCUAUAAAACUCGACUUUUACAGUUACAUUUUUUGUUUUUUUUUUUUUUUUAUACAAAUGUAGUUUUUAAAUAUAAUUCAUAAUAAAUAAACAACGAAAUUUUGAAUAUUAAAUUAAAUCAAGUAUUUAGAAGCUGCUCUAAAUUUUAUAUUAUUAUUUAAAAUACUCAACAAAUAUGCUUGGUAUUAACAUUUAUCUCCUCCUGACUGAGAAAUAUUAAUAAAUAUAUAUUUUGUUAUAUAAUAUAUAACAGUUAAUUAUGUAAGAUAGAAAUAAAUUCAAUCACAUAUAAUUCUUCAAUUGAUUUAAAGAACAUUUGUAGAAUAAAUCGUACUAUUCCACAAGAAAGUCAGCCAAGUAUGAAUGUUAAAUGAAAUGGUUCUUAUGACUUAUUGAAAUAAUCCAACACAUCUUCAUGUGUAGUGCAUUUCAAUGUAUUUGUCAUUGUUUAAUUAUAUAAAGAAAUAAAAAAUAACUUUUGCGUCCAUAAGUUAUUAUACCUUUUUAAUUUACUACAAAUAUUAUUGAAGUGAACUAUACGAUAUUUGUAAAUUAUGGUUAUAAAUGUAAAUAUUGUUUCUUAUUUUAUUUUAAAUAAUAAGACUCACAUUGCCAUGUUUUAUUAUGAUAAGUUUUAUUAAGUUUACUCUUCUAUAUUUUAACAUACUUUGGCCUAACAAAUUAAAGAAAAAAAAAACAAAAUUCUAAAAUUAUUAAUACUCAGUAUUUGGUAAAUAAUAUUAGGAGAUUUAAUCAUUGAACAGAAUAAUAAAUAUAUUUUAUUAUUUUGAUUUUUUUAACUAUUGAAACUGGAUGGCAUUAUGACAUUAAAAGUAUAAUCUGUGUUAUUUUGAUGAGUGAAAUUUUUAGUCUGUUUUUAUUGAACCCACCAAUCAGAAAUAAAAACACGAUUCAGAGUAUCAAAAUGUAUAUUUUGUACAUAGUUAAACAGAAACUGGAGGCAUAAUUUAAUUUAUUUUUAAUUGAUAACAACAUUUUCUAUUUUUAUUUCUAGUUUAUGUUAUGUGACUUAAAAAUAAAAUUUAUUUAAAAACA